GGAUCCUGAACGCGUAGCCAGAAGCUGCUUUCGCAAAAUACUCUGAACUCAAUAGAGUUGCACAAUGGGAACCUUCGACCAAACGAAGGCGUACGCGCCGCAGGAAGAGACCUUUUUCGAUGAUGGGCGCGAAAUUGAGCUUCUGCACUUCAUUUACUCACACCCCAAGAUCCAGCAGAUUCGUGGGUCUCCGAAGGAGGUCCUGGCAGCCAUUGACGAGUUUGGGCGGACGAAGAAGUACCUCAUGAACGUGGGCGAAGACAAAGGCCGGAUUGUCUGCGACUUGAUCGCAGAUGUGAAGCCAAAAACCAUGGUUGAGCUAGGUGGUUAUGUCGGUUACUCGUGCAUCCUAUAUGCCGACGCAGUACGGAAAGCUGGUGGUGAAAUCUACUUCAGCUUUGAGCGCAACCCAGAAUUUGCUGCGGUAAUUUCGUCGCUAGUCGACCUUGCGGGUCUUACCGACAUAGUCAAAGUCGUGGUGGGCUCCAGCGACGAAUCCAUUGCGCGACUACAUUCAUCAGGCGCUCUCAAGCACAUCGAUUUGAUGUUCCUCGAUCAUUACAAACCCGCAUACACCACCGAUCUAAAACUCUGCGAAGAACUUGGCCUCGUCACUCCAGGCUCUGUACUUGCAGCAGACAACGUGAUCAAGCCUGGUAACCCGCCGUAUUUGGAGUACGUAUGCAGUAGCGUGGCUGAAAAGAAGAAGAAGAGGGCCGGCGAAGGCAAAGGGGACAGUACACAGGGUAUUGCAGAGAGGACUGUCAAACAGUAUGCCAACAGAUACGAGUCAGAGAAGUUCAGCAACAGUCCAGGCAAUCCAAACUUGGUCUACGAGAGCAAGCUAGUGAACAGCUUUGAGCCUACGGGUGUACCAAACAUCCUCCUCCCUCUACUCAGCCUCAUUACGCUGCCGUUCUCGGCUGCUCUGGUAAUUUUAAGUCUUGUGUACUCAAAGCUGUUCCCGCAACCAAGACAAAUUCCUUUUCGCGAUGCGUCCGAACGCAAAACCAUCCUCGUCACUGGGGUUUCUAUGACCAAGGGCCUUGUCAUCGCUCGUAUACUGGCCCAAAACACACCACAUCGAGUCAUUGGUGCAGAUACUUCUGCCCUCUCACCAGGCCGCUUCUCCAGCUCUCUGGCCAAGUUCUGCAUCCUCACACCACCGGAUGGAAACGAUGCAGAACCGUACAUCGACUCGUUGCUGCAUGUCAUCAAGAGUGAAAAGGUCGAUCUAUGGAUCAGCUGCUCAAGCGUCAUAGCAGCUGUAGAAGAUGGAGAGGUGGUGAGGCUGGCCGAGAAGGAGAGGGGACCGGGUUUCCACGCGGUGCAGUUCCGAAGCGAUGUCGUUAAGCGGCUGCAUGAAAAGGAUCACUUUAUCGAUUACAUACGAUCUCUGGAACUGCCUGUUCCAGAGAGCCACAGAUCCACAUCAUCCGCGGAAGUCGUAAAGAUCUUGAUAAAAGAGAAAAAAGGAAACGGAAAAGAUAAGAAGUUCAUCCUGAAGCCCAUCGGAGUCGACGACCGCGCGAGAGCUAACAUGAUGACCCUACUUCCCUUCGAGAAGCGGGAAGACACGGUCUCCUACAUCAAAAACUUGCAUAUUUCAAGCAAUAACCCGUUUCAAGUCCAGCAAUUUAUCUCCGGCGCUGAGUACUGCACGCACGCUCUCGUGAUCCGCGGCCGCGUUGUGGCGUUCACGUGUUGUCCGUCUUCCGAGCUGCUCAUGCAUUACGAAGCCAUUCCCUCAUCGUCGCACCUCUUCAAGCAGAUGUUAGAGUUCACGCAGCGUGUAGCGGAAGACGGUGGAGAGUCGUUUUCGGGCCACCUCAGCUUCGAUUUCCUGGCUGAAGGAGAGGGAACGGUGUCGAAGCUGUAUCCGAUUGAGUGCAAUCCGCGAGCGCACACCGCUGUUGCACUGUUCUCCAACACGCCUCAGAUGGCGUCUGCGUAUCUUUCUGCUUUCGAACCUUCAAAGCCCAAGGAUAUGGAGAUUGUCACGCCGCGCUCCCCGACUUCGUCGUACUACUGGCUCGGUCAUGAUAUCGUCGCUUUACUGAUCCUUCCGGUGCUUGACCUGUUAUGGGGUAUCAGGACUGUAUCUGAGGUACUGGAUUGCAUGACGGACUUCUGGGAGCACGUUGUGAGUUGGCGAGAUGGAACCUUCUCGAUCCAGGACCCGGUGCCGUUUUUCGUGCUGUAUCACGUUUACUGGCCGCUGAAAUUCCUUACGAGUUUGGUAAAGGGGAAGCGGUGGUCGAGAAUCAACGUGAGCACAACAAAGGUUUUCGUGCAGUGAGCUUUGAUCGAUGAACUUGCAAAGACUUGUUCAACCAGAAUAUCCAUUCGGAAUUAUCAAGAUUAGUAGAGAUAGCUCAAAGAACCACGAAAAAGAUGACUUCCUGCGACU